AUGAAACAAGAUUUGCUCUCAGGUUUGUGUCAGUGUGAGGAGGGCUGGAGGCCGUAUGAAGAGAGAUGUUAUUUCUUCUCCUCUGAUAUGAAGUCAUGGCAUGACGCGCUGGAGGACUGUACUAGUAAAGGAGGAAACCUCAUGAGUAUACUAGACAUCCAUGAGCGGACGUGGGUUCGGACUCAGAUCGGAACGUCCAUCUUCUGGAUCGGACUGAAUGAUGUGGCGUCAGAGGGGAACUGGGAGUGGAGUGAUGGAAGUGUGUUCUACCCGUAUCUGUCGUAUUGGAGGGAGGGUCAGCCUGAUAAUUGGGCAGAUAAUGAAGACUGUGGUCAGGUUCAGGGUACCAAUCAAGGCCGGUGGAAUGAUGAAACUUGCACAGCCAGACGACAGUAUAUCUGCAAACGACCCAACCCUAAUCCAGCGCCGCUGUGUGACACGGGCAACGGCUGGGAUCAGUUCGGCUCAAACUGCUACAAGCGGAGGGCGGGGCUUAGGAAGAGCUGGGCGGCGGCUCGCAGUGACUGUGUCAGAGAGGGCGGAGACUUAGUGUCCAUCACUUCUGCUGAGGAGGAACAGUACGUGACAAGUCGACUGGACUCCUCGGCCUUUGACCUCUGGAUUGGAUUCUCCACUCUGGCAUGCACGACUAUCUCGUGUCAAAUACAACCCGAUGCCACGACAUUCACCUGGUCGGACGCAAGUACCUCCACUUACACGAACUGGCCGGAGGGUCAACCAGAUCUCACUGACAAACCGAACGGCCUGUGUACCGCCAUGAUUAAAGAGGCUGGCGAGGAUUAUGGGAAAUGGAAAACACAUGUAUGCCGUUAUACACGACCGUACAUGUGCAAAAGAGCGUUGAACACUAUUUGUCCUCCUGGCUGGUUGAGUUUCGCUGGUAACUGUUAUUGGGUGGUCAGUAACCGAAAUCUCUUGACCAGCUGGUAUUUGGCUCAGAGCACGUGCUUCAACAUGGGCGCAAACCUGGUGACCAUCAAGAAUGAAGCGGAGCAGUUCUUCGUAAAUGCCCAGUUACCCGAUUUUCACCAGGUAGAUUUACCUGAUCUGUGGAUCGGCGUUUCAGAUAAGGACCAAGACGGAACGUUUCUCUGGGUGGACAAAACUGCGGUUGAGUUUUCAAACUGGAGCCCAAACUUCCCUCAGAAUUCGGCGAGCCAGUGGGACUGCGGCCAAAUUUACACCGGAAACUACGCUGGGAAAUGGGAAACGACCAACUGCUUUAAAAAUCUGGGCUAUAUCUGCAAGAUGGCCGGAGGUCAGAACGUGAAGCCCACUUCAGCUCCAGACUCUCACUGUGAUGAAGGAUAUCUUCUCUUCGGUGAUCACUGCUUUCACUUCGAGACAGAAUCCGUGAAGACGUGGCAGGAUGCAGAAAAUUAUUGUGUCGCUCAGAGCGGACAUCUGGUGAGCGUCCACAACCAGGAGACCAUCAGCUUCCUGACGGCCCACAUGAGCAGAACGUCCUGGGUCGGUCUGAACGACAUCAGCAGUGAGGGAACGUUUGUUUGGACCGACGGAACUCAACCCGACUUCCUGCCAUGGGAAUUAAACCAGCCUGACAACUGGCAGGGCAAUGAAGAUUGUGUUCACAUUCGUGGGACGGAACAUCCCGAUACAGGAAAACUGAACGAUCUCCCCUGUACCGCCACAUAUCCCUUCAUCUGCCAGAAAGCGAAAGGUCAAGGGCCACCACCCCCCCCAACUUCCGGUCCAGGCUGGAAUGAGAAGUGCGGCUCGUGGGUUUCUGACCCGUUUAACGACUACUGUUACCUUUUUACCACUCUGUCCAUGAGAAACUGGGCGGACGCUCGUUCCGAUUGCAUCCAUCAGGGCGGAGAUCUCAUCAGCAUCACAGAGCCGUUUGAACAAGGAUUCAUACAAGCUCAAAUCCAAGCGGUUCCCGUUGGCGUGUCUCUGUGGAUGGGCGCUCAUGAUUCGGACACCGAAGGCGGGUGGAUAUGGACCGACGGUUCUCCGUUCCGCUACAUAAACUGGGCUGCAGGAAACCCUGAUGACUACUUUGGCGAAGACUGCCUGUCCAUUUUAAUCAGUUCUGGAGCAUGGAACGACGAUAACUGUGACAAUAAGAGAGGAUAUAUCUGCAAGCGGCGAGGAAAUACGCCCGAGCCUCCACCUCCACAUGAUGGUUUCUACACGGCGUACACAUGUCAGGACUCCAGCAUGGUGCUUCACUGCCCCGCCAACAGUGUCAUCAACAUCCAGUCGGCCUUUUACGGUCGCCGCAGCGACAAGAUCUGUCCGUAUGAAAAUGGAGCGUCCGGUGUUUGCACCGUUCAGGGGACGUUACCAUUGGCCAGGAAGAACUGUGACAACAGAGAGUUCUGCUUCCUGUUCGCUCGCACGGAAAACGACCCCUGUCCGACCAUCUCCAAAUAUCUGGAGGUGGUUUUCAGCUGCGAGCAGAACGUGUGUGUUAGGGGUCUCGGCGUGGAGGAUGGAAACAUCACAAACUCGAUGCUGUCGGCGUCGUCUUCUCUCAGUGGACAAGGCGCAGAUAAAGUUCGACUGAAAGGAAACUCUUGUUGGAUGCCGUCCAGUUCUGUCAACUCAUGGAUUCAGGUGAACGUCGGUCAGUUGAAGAAGAUCACCGGCGUCGUGAUUCAAGGCUGCCCAACAUCAGAUCACUGGGUGACAAAGUUUAAGGUCCAAACCAGCACAGACGGAGUUUCCUGGACAGACUACACCAGUGACGGAGGGGAUUAUCCCGGUUCUGUGGACAGAAGUUCUCUGGAGACGCGAUUGUUUGGGACGCCGAUCUCAGCGCAGUACGUUCGAGUUCUGCCGCUGGAGUGGAACGUUCAAGUUGGGUUGCGAUUGGACGUUUUGGGCUGCGUACCGGACUAUGCGGUUUCUUGCAGUGCAAAGCCGAACCUGAAUCACGCGGUGGACAAAAUCACCGUUCACUGUCCUGCCGGGUGUGCGCGGGAGCCGUAUUCGGUGUACGGUACAGACAUGUAUCGUGGGGAUUCUAAUAUCUGUGCGGCGGCGAUUCACGCUGGCGUCGUUCUGAACGACAUCGGUGGAGACUGUUCCCUGAUGAAAGCUCCCGGUCAGAACUUCUACAGCGGAUCCACCAAGAACGGCAUCAUGUCCAGACAGUUUGAUGGACAGUACUCGGUGUCUUACCAGUUCACUGAUGGAGAGCUGAGGUGUUCUGGUCUGGACUGGUUUGAGUUUGGAGAAUUCUGCUAUAAAGCGUUUGAUGAAAUGAAAACUUGGCAUGAAGCACGAACGGCCUGCAGACGUCUGGGAGCCGAUCUAGUGUCCAUAAUGUCCAUGACUGAACAGAGCUGGAUUGAGAGUUACCUGUACAUGGCGAGCAGUGACUUUUGGACCGGUCUCAAUGAUCUGACUUUCUCGGGUUUGUACUCGUGGUCAGAUCAUCACGAGGUCACGUUCACAUACUGGGCUCCAGGAGAACCGAACAAUCAUCUGGGCUUCAGCGAGAACUGUGUGGAGAUGUACCAUCUGACGGGCCGCUGGAAUGACGUCACCUGCACCGAAUUAAACACAUACAUCUGUAAAAUGCCUAAAGGUCACUAUCCGCUGCCCUCUGUGCAGCCCACCGUAUAUGGCUGUCCACAGGGCUGGGACGUGUUUGAAUAUUCCUGCUACUGGUUUGAAGAAACUGCACAUACCCGUGAAGAAGCCAAAGCGUUCUGCGAGAGUAAAGAGAGUUCGCUGCUGCAUAUUUUAGACCUGUACGAACAGGCUCAUUUUACCGCUCUGAUGAGCCGAUACUCGGGUGACUGGUGGAUCGGGCUGCGGGCAAGAGGAGGGGACGUGGGGGUCGAUUAUUACUGGGACAACGACGCUUUACUGAUGUACACCAACUGGGGGCGCAACCAGCCAGACAACCACGCCGGACCCUGUGUUACUAUGACCACCAAGCCUCUGGCGGGAUUCUGGAAUAACAAAGAGUGUGAACAGUCCUUCCCGUUCGUGUGCGAAGCGCCACGCAACGGCAUCUCCCCGCCCACGCGACCUCCGACUCCGCCUCCCGUCACAGGAUGCGAGAGCGGCUGGAGUGGCGAACCGCACUUCAGAAACUGCUACAGGGUGGGAAAGAGUACACGGUGGAUUUUGGCGCUGAAGAAAAGCUGGCAGGCGGCGAGGGAAGACUGUCGCUCUCGCGCCGAUCUCGUCAGCAUCCACAAUCCCGUAGAGGAAAUCUUCCUGUCCAAGUACUCCAAGGGAAAAACCAAAUGGAUCGGACUAAGUGUUAACCCAGUGGAAGGGGGUUACCACUGGAGCGACGGAACGCCUGUCAGUCACACAAACUGGGGUCUCGGUGAGCCCAAUAAUCAUGGCGGACGAGAAAACUGUGUGGAGAUGGUGACCACAGACAACGGGACGUCCUGGUGGAACGACCUGAACUGUGACGCUCAUCAGGACUGGAUCUGCAUGAUUGCGAAAGGGAAGAAACCCAUCAUACCACCCGUCCCUCCGUCCCCUGUUCCAGCUCCAGAAUGCGGAUCAAACCCCGGUUGGCGGAAGAACAACGGAAUCUGUUAUUAUUACAACGACACCGAUAUCGUGGACUUCCACGUGGCCAAUCUGAGAUGUUAUGCUGAAAAAGCUCGACUGGUGUCCAUCGCCGAUGAAGCCGAACAGUCGUAUGUGGUCAGCCUGGUGGGCACAGGUCAGGCAGCCGCGGCAUGGAUUGGAAUGAGAAUGUUAGGUGUCGCAGGUGGAGAAUAUAUGUGGGUGGAUUUAUCUCCAGUGACGUAUGUGAACUGGGGUCCCGGAGAACCCAACGAUGCCAACGGAGAAGAACAGUGUGUCCAGAUGAACAGAUAUCCAGGUUCAUGGAAUGAUGCGAACUCGGGUCGAGCCAGCGCUGGGUAUGUGUGUAAGAAAUAUCCAGGAAAUGACCACACGCCGCCACCGACGGCUUCAUGGGAAGGAAACUGUCCCGAGGGAUGGAUGAAAUUCCGUAACAAAUGUUACAUAUUCAAGGGAAACCACAAACAACAGACUGAGUAUAAAGCGAACUGGACGCACGCACGCGAUUGGUGCCGACAGCAGAAAGGAGAUCUCGCCGUCAUCGAUGAUCAGAAUGAAAACGAUUUUGUGGCGAGUUAUCUGAGGGAUCUGAUUGAACCCGUUUGGAUCGGUUUGUCUGACACGCUGCAUGAAGGGAAGUUCGCGUGGAGUGACGGAGUCAGUCCGGUUCUGUUCACAAACUGGGCUGAGAAGGAGCCGAACAACGUUGACGGGCAGGAACACUGUACAGAAAUAUCCCACCAUCACCUGGUAACGGGUCGCUGGAACGAUGAGCGGUGUAAUCUGGAGCGAGGAUGGGUGUGCACCAUGAAGAAAUGUAUCGAGCAGCAUUCCUGUCCCCCGCCAACACGCAGCCCGUGUCCGUCCGGAUACGUCUCCUGGUACAGCAACUGCUAUAAAUUGAUUUCAGAGCCCAAGACGUGGGAUGAAGCUCAGCAGGCUGAGAAGGAGGGAGGAAACCUGGCCAGUGUGGACAUGAGUUACGAUCAGGCCUUCAUCUCUGGAGCCGUGCAGCAGGGCAAAACCGAUGCCUGGAUCGGACUGCGGCGAAUGCCGGACAGUGAUUCGUACAAAUGGUCAGACGGUUGGCCAGUGUUCUUCACUCACUGGGGUCCAGGUGAACCAACCAAUCACAAGGGCGAAGGGUGUGUGAGCAUGCACGCCCCGUCACACUUCAUCCAGGGCACUUGGAACGACACGGCCUGUGACGUCGCCAAACCGUACAUCUGUAAAAGCACUACAGAAAAGCCUCCAGCGACUCCGGCUCCGGGAGACGGGAAGUGCUUGACGGGUUGGUGGCGAUACGGACGUCACUGCUAUUUCGUGUAUGACGGAAAAGUGGGCUUCUCUUGGCCGGAGGCGCGACACUUAUGCCAGGAGUACGUCGGAGCCGAUUUAGCCUCGAUUCACAGUCGCGCCGAGGUGGAAUUCAUCAGGAACAUCAACUACACCAAGUACCACAACGUUUGGAUCGGCCUGACCAGAGAUCGUUCAUUCGGCUGGGGUUGGACGGACCUGACGUCUCUGGGCUUCACGAACUGGGCUCCUGGAGAACCAAACGAAGCGAUUCAUGACGGUGAUGUGGGGAAAGAGAACUGUGUGGAGAUGUACCACGACGGCAGGUGGAACGACAACAACUGCGUGCAGAAGAGAGGCUUCGUGUGCCGACACCGCCAGUAUUACGUGACGGAUGAUAACGGAAACAUAGUCAUACCAACUGACCCAUCGGCGACUGACAGCGGCGUGAUCGCUGGUGCUGUUAUCGGGGCGAUUGUGUGUGCCGCGCUGAUACUGGCCGUCAUGUACUACGUCUUCAGUGUGAAGGGGGUGAAACCGGGUGACAUCAGCAUCUUUAAACGAGAGACCAAGAAUAUUGACGUGCCGGCGUUCACCAACCCAAACUUCAUCGGAGAAUCCGAGUCCUGAAGCGAUUCAUUCACCUACAACACAAGCACAAUCCAAUAAUGUGUGUGUCACGAG